UUCUAAAGUCGCUGCGCCACAUAAAAGCUGAGCUACCUGCGCUGGUCCGCACCCUUCAACAAAUCAAGGAAGCAAUCGACAGCCGCCAAUUUCGGAACGAGUGCGCAGCCGCACUUCUACCAGCAAUCCAGGGCUGCGGGGGAUCGAUUUAAGACAUAGAUUCCCUACUAGUGAAAACGUUGCCGCGACAGAGCGACGGGUGGGCUAAGAAGACCCUUAAAUCGAUGGACAGUGUGUUAAAGGAUGGAAAGAUCGAGAACUUUGACGAAAAUCCUCCGCGGAUACAUCACAAUGCUAACUUUCUAUUUUGCUGCAUCGUCUUCAAUGUUGCAGCCCCUCACGGAUACGACAUUCAACAGAAUCGAGAUGUCACUGUUAACGAUUACUCCAGACACUAAGCUUAUCAGGGUACGACAAUGGCUAUCUACGCCGGAUCCAUCAGUCAACUUUCAGAAGGCCCUCCAUCUAAGCCAGGCUGAUACCGGACUAUGGCUCCUUGAGAGCGAUCUGUACAGAAAGUGGGAAAUUGAAGCUUCCUUCAUCUGGCUGCACGGUAUCCCAGGCUGCGGAAAGACUGUCCUCAGCUCAACCUUGCUUGAGAAUCUACUUCAACAUAGCGCGGAUAAGCCAGGGAAAGCAGUCGCUUAUUUUUAUUUCUACUUCAACGACCGACAAAAACAGGAUCCCGAGUUAAUGGUCCGAUCGUUAAUCUUUCAGUUGUUGCAGCAGUGCAUCAAAAUAUCCACUGGUCUCAGUGCACUCUUCGCAUCUUAUGACAAUGGAAAGCGACAGCCAUCUCUAAAUACGCUUCUCAAAGCUCUAAAGCAAUUGAUCGAAGAGUUCCCCCAAACAUAAGUCGUCAUUGAUGCCUUGGAUGAAUGCGCUAACCGGAAGGAACUCAUGAGAAUCGUGAAAGAGAUGUCUACAUGGGAACUGGAAGGGUUCCAUCUUCUUCUUACAAGCCGUAGAGAGGGUGAUAUUGAAAGAACCCUCGGACGCAUUCUAGAUGUCCUACGUAUGUCAGCGACUCUCUGACAAUGAAAGCCUUCAGAAAUGGCAUUCUGAUGCCACAAUCCGGCAGCGGAUCGAAACUUCGUUAAUUAAAGGAGCUCACGGAAUGUUCCGAUGGGCUGCCCGUCAAUUGGACAUUCUCG